AUGACGGGCUUGUCGGAACCAAACGACGUUGUAAGCCGACGAAUAUCUAUCUAUCUAAAACAAAGGAUGUCUUUUCUUUCCUCCAUUCUUUCAUUUUUUUACUUCUUUUUUUUUAAUCCAUUAGCUUCCGUCGUUCAUAACUUUUCUAUUUCAUUUUAUAUUCAUCUCUUCUUACUUUCUUUUUUCUUUCUUUUCCGUCAUUCUUUUUUCUUUCUUUCUUUCUUUCUUUCUUUCAGUCAUUCUUUCUUUCUUUCUUUCAGUCAUUCUUUCUUUCUUUCUUUCUUUCUUUCUUUCUUUCUUUCUUUCUUUCUUUCUUUCUUUCUUUCUUUCAGUCAUUCUUUCCUUUCUUUCUUUCUUUCAGUCAUUCUUUCUUUCUUUCUUUCUUUCUAUCUUUUUUUCUUUCAGUCAUUCUUUCUUUCUUUCUUUCUUUCUUUCUUUCUGUAUCGGAUUUUCAAUAUAAUUCUUAUUUUUCUUUUCAUUUUCUUCUCAGAUUUCUCUGAUGUCUUUUUUUUUAUUACUUUAUAUCGUUUUUCUUCAUAUUCAGAUUCAUAUCCUUGCAUUUUUCUCUUUCUAUUCCAAUUCCUUUAUUCUUUCUUUUCUUUUUUUUUCUAA